AUGCAUAACAGACCUGAUAUCGCGCUCUUCGACACCGAACAAAAAACAUGUAUGCUCAUAGAGUUCACGAUCCCGGCGGACGAUAACAUUGCGAAAGCAUACACGGAGAAGAUUACCAAAUACGGCGACUUGGCAUUUCAGCUGCGUGAACUCUACAAUUUGAGGACGAUCAGCAUUCUCCCGAUGAUCAUAUCGGUGAAUGGCUUGGUGGAGACACAUCUACUGGAGAACACUAAGAGAUUACGCCUGGAACCUGAUGUCAUUUCUGCUUCCCAAAAGCAAGUCAUCCUGUAUACCACCCGAAUCGUUAGAAAAUUCCUACAAGGAUUCUGA